UAUACGCCGUGAAUAUGAACGGAAAACAAAUUGCGAGUUGACCGGUGAGUUUAUAAAUUAUAGCGUAAAUUUCAGGCGCCUAACGUUAGCUUGCUUGCCUGCAAAACGUGUGUUGCUGAGUGACAGACCGUGCUGUAUUCUAAGUGAGUGACUGGUCUCACUGUUCUUUUUUCAAUCUUUAGCAAUAUUACUUAUCAGCAAUAUCGGCUCAUACUAUUUCUAUAGUUUUGAACGAUAGUUGUGCAUGGUCUCGAACUUCGAAGUCAAAGGCAUCACAUCAGAACAUUUCAGUGUGCAUGGACGCAUCAUCACUCAGCAGCCUCAUCAGCUCAGGGAUGAUCAGAUGAUGGUGUAUUCAGUGGUGAGUUUGCUCCGUGGACCGUGCGUGUGACUGAUUAACACACUGUACAUGUAGCCGUAUAGCGUCAGCCAAGAUGUGGCAGAGCUUUAUUGAUGGAGAUGCGGGGCUAUUCAACAAGUUUGGGCCAGCCCCUCUUCCAGCCAUUUCCAGCAACCAGCCUGGUGCCCAGACUCCACAGCCCAAUGACUACAACCAAAUUAUUCCCCUCGGCGGGCGCCGGUCUCAGCUGUCCAACGUCACUGCGGUCCCGGCCUAUGCGGGGGACUACACAGAGAACAGACUACGACAGGUGGAGGACAGGCUGAACAUGUCUGAGCAGUCAUGUCGGGCGCUACUGGAAGAAGUCGUCCGUUUGAGAGGGGAGUUGAAGCAGUCGCACCUGCGCUCAGAUGAAGCCAUCCAGAGCGAGCGCCAAUCCCGCCAGCAGCUGGCCGACAGCAUCCGGUCCAGCAACGAUCUGAUCGGUCAGCUGGGAGCGAGGCUCAAGCGGGCCGAGGAGCGCGUGUCGGACGAGAGGACAGCCGUAGGGGCGCUGGUCAACCACACCAAGCAGGUGGAGCAAGCGGUGCUGGGGAGCCAACAAGAAUUGGUGGCCAGGAGAGACCAGCAACUUACUAAAAUCGCUGAGCUUCGCAACGACCUGGACGAGGCCAAUCGGCUGAGGGAGCAGCUGGAGAGAGCAACCACAACCUUGGUGGAUGAAGUGCGCGCCAUCAAGGGCAAAGUGGACACUCAGCACAUGGAAUCGACCAGCAUUGUGCAUGACGUCAAGGAGCGCACCAAGAGACUAGAGGAGGACAACAGAACACUGAUCUCUAGAUAUCGCAUCCAGCAUAGCGACCAGGAGUUGAACUCUGACAAGAACCUGACCCAGCUCAGGUUACAGAUGAGUGCCAGACUUGGUGAGGUGAGGGAUGUCUUGAUGGAUCUCAGGAAUCGAGUCACCACCGAGGAGACGGAGAGAAGGCAACAAGAGCAGAACUUCUUCCUCAAGCUGAAUGACAUCCAGUCCCAGGUCCAUGAGCAGUCGCGCAAGCGCGACGAGACCAUACACACCAUCGACGUGGUCCAGAGAGAGCGGGAGCACGCCGCCGACAACGAACGCCUCAAGAUGCAGGGCAAGAUUGCCGAGAUUGCCGAGGAGGUCAGCCGCAAGAUACUCUCCAAGGAAAUCAGACUGAGGGAGGAGGCCCAGCAAAAGUUUGGGAAUAUUGAGAAGUAUCUCCAUGCUGAGCAAGCUGCUCGUAUCGCUCACGAGCAAGCCAUGCGAGAGGAGAAUGAGAAGAGGUGGGCUGCCUUACAGAAACUCACAGAAGAGGAAGUACUACACGUCAGAGAGGGACAGAAAUUGGACAGGCACAAGAAUGUGGGCGGCAUGUCCAAGGUAAAUGAAUAUAUGGACAAACUGGAGAAGAUGCAACACGAGACCAAGAAACAACUAGAAGCCGUCAUGAAGGCUGAGAUCAAAUCAAGGCAAAACCAAGACAAGCAGAUUGAAGACAAGAUAGAGGAUGUUCAAGAGAAGCUGGGCGUGGCCAUCUCCACCUUGCAGCAGGCCAUCGGAGGCAUCAAUGAGCAAGUAUCUUCAGCUACUAGCCAGCCCAGAGAGAGUGAUGCGUAUCAAGACAAGGUGAAGCUACUGAUUGAGGAGCAGAGCCAGGGCGGGUUACGAGGCUUAGCUGACCUGGAUGCGAGGGUCAUGGCAUUGCAGGCCAAGCUGGCAUCGCAAGAGGAAGAGACUCAACGAACCGUUACUAAGGCAAUUGCUGAGGCGAUUGAUGAUAAGGAUAAGCAGGCAUCUAAAUCGCUGAUGGAAGAUCAGGCUGAGAAACUGGAGAAGAUAGACGACUGGCGGGACAGUGCCGAGAAGAAACUCAAACAGAUCAAGGAGCGUAUGGAUGAACUCGGACCAGAGAUUCGUGAGAUGAAUCGGACCAAUGAGACACUGCAGGAGGACAUGAAGGGGCUGAUCGACUCAGAAUCCAAGGAUAGAAUCCGUGAUGUCCAGAUGGUUCGUCAGGACCUGCAGACUAAGUACACCCAGCUCCAGCAGGAUAUAGAGGCAGCCAAGCAGGCCAUACCUAGCGGCGGUGAAGCCGCCGUGCCUGUCAUUCCAGUCACUCAGAAAGAGAAGCUGGCCCAGGGGAAAGGAGGAGGCAAAGUGGACGAGGCCACCAAGGCUAGGAUUGAUGAUAUUGAGGACAACAUUAAUAAGCAACGGAAGAAGUUUGAAGAGCUGAAGGAGCAGAUAGGAAAAGCUGAGAAUAGCAUACAAACAGUCCGAGUCCACCUGGGAAGGAAGAUAGAUGCAGAGACGAAAGCUAGGCGAGAGGAGGUACAAGACAUGCAAGGUUUGUUUGAGGAGUUGCAGGGCCGGCUGGCUCCGUUAAUUGACGGCAAGAGCCCGGCGGGACAACGCUCGACGCCAACAAACAAGGACAACGGGGCGGAGUCGGCCAAGGGGAGUAAGAAGGGGAGUGCAGCAGGUAGGGGGAGGACGUCGGCCGGAAGCAACAAUGUUAGUUAGCUCAGGAAUGCGUUGGGAUUUACAGUAUCGGGGCUACAAAGUGAUUACUUUGAUGCUUGGUUGCAUUGCUGCAGAGAUUGUGAAAAUGUCAAUCAUUACGCGUUCUAUGGAAAUCACCAGCCUCAAAGCUAAGGGCCACUUAAAGUUGCGACUACAAAAAAAAAAUAAGAACUAGAGAUACAAGUUAACCAGUUCAUGCUGGAUGACGUGUAUACACGCAAAGGUUUUGCAGUAUUCGAAACAGAUGACGGAUAAAGAUGCAGGGAGCGAGGCUGGAAAUAUCUGUCAGCGACUUGCUCUAGUCCGAAAAUAUGAGGGCAGAGUUUUUAACAAGCCAUAACACCCCCCCCCCUUCCUCCUGGGAAUAAAAACUAAGGGAGAAAAAUAAAAACAAUGUUGUGCUUUAAAAUGUAAAGCAGUGUAGACCGCUUUUUGGAAGAUUAAUCGAAGUGUACUGUUCAUUUUGUGUUUUGCUGGACAAAACAUUGGGAACAAUUUACAAAUGUUAUGUGUUUGUGUGUGACUUUUUGCUUGUAUUUCCAAGAUUUUAUAACUUGGAAAAAAAAUGUAAAAAGCGUGAUUUUGACAUUGAAUUUUGUAACAUUAGAAUGCCAUGCUUGCAACCUAACAACUUCUGUAGAUGUUACACUUAACAGAAAUCUAAAAUGACUCGCUGUGACCCAGUGGAAUUUCAAAGGAAACAUUUGAAGAAAAAAAAAGGCUUUUUUAUCUUGCAUU